AUGCUUUGGGCCAUAUUGUUCACUCUGCAAGCUGUUUGCAACGGCGUCGCACAUGCCGUGCAACAUUACCCGGCUUGGGGACACUAUGACGUGUGCAAGUCCCAGAUCUAUACAGAGGAGGGUGUGGCAUGGGACUACAUGGCCUGUCAGCCAGAAGCCACUGACAUGACAAAGUACCUGCGAGUGGCCCUUGACCCCCCGAAUAUCACGUGUGGAGAUCCACCAGAAACGUACUGCGCUUUGGAGAAUCCUUAUAUGUGCAACAAUGAAUGUGAUGCCACCACUGAGGAGCUGGCCCAUCCUCCUGAGCUGAUGUUUGACUUCGAGGGUCGCAACCCCACAACAUUUUGGCAGUCCACCUCAUGGAAGAAAUACCCAAAGCCCCUACAGGUCAACAUCACGCUGUCAUGGAACAAGACAAUUGAGCUGACUGAUGACAUAGUACUGACCUUUGAGUCAGGCCGACCAGAGCAGAUGGUCCUGGAAAAGUCGCUUGACUAUGGCCGAACCUGGACCCCUUACCAGUUCUAUGCCACCGACUGCCUGGACGCCUUCACCAUGGAACCCAAGACAGUCAGCGAACUUACCCAGCGCACCUUGCUGGAUAUCAUCUGCACUGAGGACUACUCCCGAGGCUACGUGUGGAAGAAUGACAAGACGGUACGUUUCGAGAUAAAGGACCGCUUUGCCCUGUUUGCUGGUCCUCGACUACACAACAUGGCCUCGCUGUAUGGUCAGCUGGAUACCACCAAGAACCUGAGGGACUUCUUCACUAUCACUGACCUGAGGAUUAAGCUGCUGAAGCCAGCCACUGGAGCCACCAUGGUGGAUGAGAACAACCUGUCCAGAUACUUCUACGCUAUCUCCGACAUCAAAGUGCAGGGAAGGUGCAAGUGCAACCUGCAUGCCAACAGCUGUGUGUUUGACAAGGGGAAGCUGGGAUGUGAGUGUGAACAUAACACCACAGGACCAGACUGCAGCCGCUGUAAGAGGCACUACCACGGAAGAGCCUGGAGUGUGGGCUCCUACCUCCCUAUUCCCAAAGGAACUGCAAAUAUAUGUAUUCCCAGUAAUCAUGGACCAGUGCAUCGAGCAAAUGCUUCAUCUCUUGGUGUUGCAAAUCGUAACCAAGCUCGAGUGUGUGACAACGCGAUGCUGCGCUGUCAGAACGGUGGCACGUGCCACCACCAUCAGAGGUGCCAUUGUUCCCCCGGCUUCACGGGCGUCCUGUGCGAGAGAGCUCGUUGCCAGGGCCCUGGGGAGUGUGAUGACCAAUUGUCUGGACGAGCCUCCUUCCAUCAUCCUCCCAUCAGUCGCCAGCUCUCUCUUUCCCUCAUAGUGCUCCUGCUAUUGAUUGUUUCCCUUUGCUGA